AUGACGGUACCAGUUACAGAGAAUUCAGGUUCUACUUUAGGGAUCCCAAAGUACCCUUCAACUGAUGACACAACAGCUAGUAAUGUAGAAUUAUGGUGUGUAAGUUGUAGGUGUGGUUAUGAACGUGUAACUAUGAAAGCCCUACUGAAAAAUCUACAAUUUGAGGUAGAUGAUGGUAAAGAAAUCUUUUCAAUGUUCUUAAGGAAAACAUACUCUGGAAAAUUCUUCAUUGAAUGUAAAGAAAAUACUGACAUGAAAUCAAUAUGGGAAACGCUUCCAGAAAUAUAUGCCACAAAAGUUACAUUGAAAGCAAUUACAAGCUUGAGUGUAUUAUUAGAUCCUGAAUAUUUCCUGUUGAAAGGUGAUUAUGUUUUCAUCAAAGAAGGAUUCUAUGCCGGUGAUAUUGCUGUUAUUGAUGAAAUUCUUCAAGACAAGCAGAAAGUAUUAUUGAAGGUAGUACCUCGUAUUGAUUAUAAAAAUACAUGUUCCGAAUUACUGUUAAAUGAAAGGCCAAUACGACGGUUAUUCAACCAUGGAAAAGCUUCCAAGUAUGACCCUAAUAAGAUAGAAAAAAUUACCAAUAAAAGGUUUCUAUUUAGGGGUAAAAUGUAUAGAGAUGGAUAUUUAAUUCAAACUUAUGAUAUAUUAGAACUUCAGGUAGAUAAUGUUCUUCCUACUUCGGAAGACAUUAAAUUUUUUUCAAAGAUACAGAAGGAAUAUUAUCGAGAAGUUAAACAGAAGCGUCCUAAUUCAUCUACUUCUUUUGCAUGGUUAGAUAAAUGUAAUAAGGUAGAUUCUGUACGUUAUGACAAAACAGCAUCAAAUAGGGAAACUUCCCCUGUUUCUGAACCACAUGAGUAUAGAAAUGAAACUUUUGUUGAGUUAGUUUCUCAAAAGAUUGCUUGCAUUUUAAUGGUGACUAAAAAUUUACUCAAGAUUAUAGAUGAAGAAAGUAAUAUAUUUUGGAUUAAUCAAGACUUGGUAUCUAGACGUAUUCAUUGUCCAGUAAUGGAAUGCCCGUCCGUGACUGCACCUUUUAGAAAUAUACUUAAAGUCGGUGAUAUAGUUUCUGAAAUGAAUGAUCCUGAGAAACGAGAGUACGAUAUUCUAUUUAUUCAUAAGAGGAAUCUUUUCGUUAGGGAGAGAGACCAAAGAAAUACGUCUUCGUGUACACUUGGAAUACACAUUGUUGAUGCUGAUAAUGUGUUAUUAAUUUUGAAACAAAGUAAUCGUUCAGGAACUAUGAGAAUGUCGGACAAAAGAUACGAUGAUUUCUUAAGAAAUGAAAGGGAAUUCCAAAAGUUUUCUCAGAGACUUGUUGAUAGACACAUACCGAACUUACCCAUUAACGACACUUAUUUUAAUAGUUACUUCAAAGGACCAAUGAAUGAUAUUCAAGAACUUGGAACAAAAAAGAAAGAUAAUAUUAUUGUUGUUAAUGAUACUGCCAAGUUUUUACCAAUGAAGAAAUCAGACCGAGUUGUUCUAGAUUAUGAUGAAAAAUAUGAAACUUUGCGAAUACAAAUUAAGCCUAAACGGUGUAGAUGUGGUUAUGCACGAUCUGAUAUUGAUCACCGAUGUGAAUCCUGUUCUUCUAGUUCCUCCAGCUCACCAAGUUCACCGACACCAUUGAGUCCAUCGACAUGUCUGAAGUUAUUUAAGUGA